GGGGAAGGGAAGGGAGGGGCGAGGGGGAGCCCGGAACGCUGCUGUAGCCGAGCCUGUCACGUGACCAAACCAUUUUCCGUCCGUAUUCCGAUGUCCAGUUUCCCCACCCAACCCCAUCCUCGAUGCUUUGGUGUCGCGUCCAGUCGGCCCUGUACGCGCGAGCUGUCGCUGUCGCUGUCGCCUUCUGUCUGCAGGCUCCUCCUCUGUAGACACAUCCAGAUAACGCGCCACUCCCCAACCCAUACCUACAGUACACAUGGCUCUUCCGCAAUAUGAUGACAAGCAGCAGACGCAGCAGCAGCCUGCUACGCGCCCAGAGAAGGCCCCGCGCGUCAAGUUGACUGCGGCCUGCGAGCCCUGCCGCAAGAGAAAGGGACGAUGUAGCAGGCACAUUCCCUGUGACUUUUGCGUCAAGCACUCUAUCCGCUGCGAGUUCAAUUACAACCGUCAACGCCGUGGCCCUCGAUGUAGGAAGCAAAAUCGGGAACCCGCGAUUCAGAGACCACUAAGGCCAUUUUCGGCCGCGGUUCAGAGCAUAGAGCACGCUCCACCCCAAGUCGCACCCGCCAUGCCAACUGAAGAGGUUCGCGAGCUUGAGGAGCUUCAGGAUGAUGAGGAUGACAAUGACGACAAUGAGGACGAGGAAAACGAAGACGACGAGGACGAUGAAAACUAUGAGGAAGCCGAGGACAACACCCUCUUGCGAGAUACCAUUACGAUGAUUUUGGACAGCGACGAACAUGACCCCAGCGGAUGGAGGCCUCCAGUAGAGCUGAUCUUGCACUUGCUCGCUGUUUUUGAAACUCAUGGUCUCAAACACUCGUGCUGGAUCUGGAUCUGGGGCCCUGGCUCCUUCUUGCAACAACUUGCGCAAGAGGGCUGUUCUCGGGCAAUGCUCUUUUCUAUUUGCGCCACAAGCUUCAAAUUUUCUCGGCAUCGGUCCAUCCUGUUCAAGACCAGAGCAGCAUCCCACCAACAAUUCGCAGCCACCGCACGGCGCUGCUUGAUAGCCGCACCUGAUCGGAACGGUGUCCUCGAUAGGGUACAGUGUCUCUGCGUCCUCGCAAGGUACGAGAUGGGUGAAUCGAAUGGACUACAAGCAUGGUGCGACAUAUCCACUGCAUUUACGUUGAUUCGGGUCGCAAGAGCCGAUGAAGCUCACACGGCGACCAAUCAAGGCGCUAUGAAUAGGUUGCUUAUGUGUCUUCAGGUCACAGAGCGUGAACUUUGCCUUGGUCACAAUUUGGAACCAUCGGCAGACAGUAUCCACCACGCCCUUGCACUGUCGAGUGACCCCUAUGAAACGCAUUCUGCUACCCAGAUUACGGCCAUACUAGAUUUGAUGUUGAGCAUUGAAAGAUACUCCAAAGGGCCAUAUACAGCACCUCUCACACCUUUGUGGUCGGUCGACUCAGAGUUCAUGAACCACCGUCAGGCGCUAGACAAGUAUCUAGUUCAGAACCUACCCAGGCUUCAGUUUGCCUCGGAGGAGCUUCUUCAAGAUGACGACGAGAUUGGCAAGAAACUCGACGACCUCUACUGUGCGCUAGCCUGGCACUGCAGUGUCGUUUUGUUGAAUCGAGUAUUCCUACCCAGGAUCGUAUCUCGUCAGCCACACCGAGACUCUUCAAGAGAAUCUCCUCUGCCCCUCGACUCUACCGACUUCCCUUCAGUACCGAAAGGCUUUCUAGCUGAGCAGAUUGUAUCUUGCGAGUCUAGCGCCUUGAGCAUCUGCGAUAUUUGCAGCAACGUUUUAGACUGCGACUCAUUCCUAAUAUCUCCAUUCAUCGGCUAUUGUUGCUUUCAGAGCUCAAUUGUCCUGAUCAACCAACUACGACGGACCAAGGCCGCGGAUUCGAAGAUUGCUGAGCAACUAAAGAUAAACUUGACUAUAUUAUCAGUAAUACGCAAAUUCCACAAACCAGCUCAUGCCUGGCUGGAGACCAUCUUCAAGAUUCAUCGGUAUAAUAACUCUGUGCCUACCGCUGCCAGUUCAGCCGUAGACAUGUUCGCAACCUUCUUCUCGCGCUUUGAGAACAUCAGAGAGCCAGCUUUUGUACCGCUGAAGCCCUCGACAAUCAUUCCGUCUCCGGUGUUAUCGAGGCCAAUAUCGAGCAGUCCCAGACAAGUUUUGGAUAACGAGAGCCGGGAAAAGGGCCCACAUGCUAGCGAAACAUCUGACCUCAACAAGGCCAUCCAGAGAGCCCAGCUGAUAGAAGAAUAUAAAAGUCGACUUCAGUCCCAUAUUCUAGAUAUCGAUGACGGCCAGGUCACGAGAAAAUCUAGCCAACACAGUGUGGUGAGAGACGAAAACAUCGUUCCUAUUCAAAGCCCUUUCCAGCAGGAAGACAACCAAGAUAUGAACGCGCCCGCCCAUCAAAAUGAGUUCAACGCUACCACGACAAUGCCGAGCGAAAUGGACAUGUCUGGAUUGCAUUCAUCACCCCAGCAAGCUAUGACACUUGCGACAACUACGAUAGACACUCAAAAACCGGCCGAACUAGAUCCCCACAUGACCCACGAUAGUAUGUCAAUGAUGGAUGCGAUGGCAGGGCUUGACUACUCCUCAACAGAGGCUUUCGACUUCUUGCCAUUUAUAGAUUUGGACGAUAGACAACUUCAAUCCUUUCCUGCCUAUCCUUUUACCAGCAACCUUGAAUCCAUGCUUUCGGCUUCAGCGGAGCGGAACCUGUGGCUUUGAUAGACUCGUGCUAGGCAUUACUUAUGUGUACAUAAGGGCUAUACCACUGAUCAACUCUAUUGUCACGUGAAGCAAACUUGGCUUCCUCUCAUGCACAAGGCCGCUUCUUGCACGUGUAUUGGGUUCCAUUCCGAGGAGGAUUUGAGCAGUCAUUUCAACGAGUAACAUAUGUAAAGAUAGCCUAGCCUGUUCUAUUUACACUCCGCUCGUUGACAUCACAAUGAAAUCACAGUUUAUAUAGCCAACUGUCAACCAAUCG